AGCCUAUUUUUUAUUUUUCACGGGAUUUAAGGAACUUAGAGAAACCUUAAAACUCAUGAUUGAGAAGUACAAAUAUACAUGUGUGGUUAUCGAGAGAUAGAGAGAAAGAAAAUAUGGUUGGUAAUUAUUAAAGAGAUGGAGAGAGAAAGUAUUGGAAAAUGAUGUCAAAUACAAAAAAAAAAAAAAAAAAAAAAAAAGAACAAAAUAAAAUUAUAACAACUUAUCAAAAGAGUGAAAUAUUGUCAAAAAAAAUACAUCUUUUAAAUAUAAAUAGACAUGUAACUUUGGUUACCAAAAAUGAAAUACAUGUAGUCACGUAGAUAAGGAAGGAAGGGACCUUCGUGUUUUUUUAGAACGUCUUUAUAGUGAACAAUCCUCACUCCAUCCGUCCGUUAAAACAUUUCAUAGUUCAUCAUGUCUUCCGAUUCUUCACUUCCCUCGCCCAAACCAAGCCCUAACACUAACCCCCAAAUCCCUGAACCAGACAAAUUCAAUCCCAACAAGAUAAUUUCUCACAACAAAGAGAUGAACAUCCCUAAUUGGUCAGAUCUUCCAGAAGAAAUUUGGUCCAUAAUUCUCUCAAAAGUUAGCACAAUUGACAUAAUCGAAAGUGUUGAGAUCGUUUGCAAAUUAUUUCGCAAAAUCUGCAAACAACCUUCAAUGUUCAAUGUCAUUGAAAUGACUCUUCCAGAUGGAUACAUUGAUGAUGUUGAUCCUGAUUUUGUUAAUUCCAUGACUCUAUUUGCUGUUGAUCGAAGUUCUGGGAAUUUGGUCGAUAUUUAUUUGGAAACUUUUUGCAAUGAUGAUACUUUAAUGGAAAUCGUUGAAAGGGCAAGGAAUCUUAAGCAUCUCCGACUUGGCCACCAUAUUGACUUAUCUGACAGGGAACUGGUUGAAGCUGUCAAAAGGCUCCCAAUGCUUGAGGAAGUGGAGCUUAAUUUCUGUUGUUUCUAUGAAAAAACUAUUGAAACUGUUGGUCGUGCCUGCCCUUCAUUGAAAUCGUUUAGCAUGAAUAAUGUUUGGCCUGAAAAUCAUAAAUGCAAUGAAGAAGUCAUGGCUAUUGCUAGAAGCAUGCCUAAUUUACACAAUCUUCAACUAAUUGGGAACCACAUGACAAAUGAAGGCUUGAAAGCGAUUCUUGAAGGAUGUCCUCUUCUUGAAUCCCUUGAUAUACGUGCAUGUUUUCACAUUGAUUUAUCGGGGGAUCUGGGUAAAAGAUGUGAACAUAUCAAACACUUUCGACCACCUGAUGCCUCUCUAGAACAUUUUAGCCACCGAGCUUGCAAGUGUAAUGCUGAUAAUACUCAUACUCCCUCUUUGGUGGCGGGGUAUUUGAUGUGUGACAGGGGGAGUUCAAGGUUUAGCAGUGACAAUCCAGACUGGGAUGAUGACCUUGAAUACAUUGACCAUGACAAUGUUGAGGAACCUGAAUAUUAUUAUGGCUAUGAUAAUGUUUAUGAUUAUGCCCAUGCUGAUGAUUUGCAGCCCCUAAAUAUGCCUCUGCAUCCGAUCAACGAGUUCCCCAGUCAGAUGGAUCUCCAAGAAUUCAUCGACAAUGACGAUGGUGAUGAGUACCCUGACUGGUACUGUGAUUGCUGUUCUGGUAUUUCGUCGCCCAGUUACUCUCCUCCUCCAGAUAUGGACUAUGAUGAAUGGAUUGAUUCAUUGAUGCCUUAACCUUUUACUGAGAUUUUCAGCUCCUUUGUGGCCUUGCUGGAUCGAAAACCAUGUUUACUGUUUUUCUUGGAAUGAUUUUGCCUUGUUACAGUUGGGAAGCUACGAAAGAAAGACCGUGUGCGCCCUGUUUUGUAAUCUGUUUUUGUAAUUUUGGCUUGGUUGCAUCCAAUGUUAUAUAUCCUUCUUUUGUUGGUGGGGUGCAGUCUGUUGCACGUCCUCGUUUAUGCUAGGCCUAGUUCUUGUAAGAUAUCAUAUGGGCGAUAUGGCCAGUCCUUGCCUUUUUUAGAAACUUUGUAGUUGCUGUUACUGCCUAUCUUGUUCUGUUGUGCACUUAUGGAUGGGAUUUAAGAUUACAAGUUCUAUUUAACUUGUACAGUUAUGAAUUCUGACAUUUUCUUCUGUUGUAGUUUUUGAUAAUUUCUCCAA